CACAAUACACUAGUACACACAUGACACAUCUCUAUAGAAAUGCAACUCAGGCCCACCCACCCCUUCCACUUCCUUCAUUCUACAAUCUACACCCAAAUUAUUCUCUCUCUCUUUCUCUCUCUGUCUGUCUAGCACCGCAUACUAUUUUAGCUUUGUUUUGAAAAGAAAUAAAAAGAUAUAAAAAGAAAUGGCAGAUUGGGGGCCGGUACUAGUAGGGGUGAUACUGUUUAUACUGUUGCAACCGGGGCUUUUAUUCCAGCUGCCUGGAAACGGAAAACAAGUUGAGUUUGGAAGCAUGAAAACAAACGGCAAAGCCAUCGCUGUUCACACUCUCAUCUUUUUCACCAUCUAUUCCAUUCUCAUCCUUGCUGUCCAUGUCCAUAUCUACACCGGCUAAUUCUUCUUCUUGUUCUUUUCUUUCUUAAAGUUGAUCUGUAAUAAUAUUUUAGUUUUUUCUAGUACUGAACUACUGAUUGUAUUCCUAGUCUUAAUUAAUAAUAUGUUUCUUUUUUUGUUUCUGCUA